AAGAGGAACGGAGAUAGAAAAACGGGCAAGAUAGGAGGGAAGUUAACCUCCCAACCGAACAAGUGUAUCAGGCUAACCCACAUAACAUAACAAGAGUCUGAUUUACUGAUAAUACAGCUGCGUUGAAUCGAUGCAUAAAUAACACAAAAAACAAUGAAAUCUACGAGUCUAAUCGCUAAAGAAAAAAGCAGCAUGUCGUAAACGGAUUUAGCCUGAUUUACUUAGGCGCCGUAGAUUACUGGUUAUAGCUCUCGUACUCUGUGCGGGAGACUGGGGUUCGAUUCCUCUUGACGAUUUAAUAUGGGCGAGUAAAUUUUACCAUAGCUUCGGGUCGUUGGAUGUUGCCGGGAGUUGUCCAGUAGAGCAUGGGCCUUAAUUGGAGCUGAAUCAUAGCUCAAAAUGAGCAUUAAAUACUCAGGUCUCUCCAUCUAAGCCAUGGCCCCUCCUGGAAAUAAUAGACAGGGUACAUCCCUCGAUAUUUGUAAGGCUAGCCAUGUAAAAUAUGCACAUCUAUCUAUCUUUAGCUUUUCUCUGUUCCGUCCGAUUUGUCUAAUUUCAGGACCGGAAUGUACUUCUUUGUGGCCUUUUACAUAAAGUAACGUUUCACGGAAGUGGAACAAAUCAACAUGGCUGCAACAGUUGUUGAUAUCUACUCAAGACCCCUGAAAAAGUCACGCUUAGGUGUUCCUGAUAUUUAUCCCCAGCGUUACAAACAGGAAGAGGAUGAUCUUUGUGAGUCGAAUGUCAAGCAAGGCUAUGUAAACAAGUUGGCUGUUCAGAAUGAGUAUGGCUCAGCAAGAGAAGUGUCACCAAUGGCACAACUUUCCAAAUUUGCAACACAGUUCAACAAGAUCCUACUUCAAAAGCAAAAGUAUAAUACAGUCCAGGAUACAAGAAAAAGAUUACAAAUUAAUAUUAAAGAAAACUUUUGGCAUGUUACAGCAAGAUCCAAACACCACGUAGCACAAUGGAUGCAGGAACUAGCUGGAACCAAGCCAUUAAGCCAGCUAGCUAAAAAGGUUCCAAUAUUUAAUAAGAAGGAUGAGAUAUUUAGUUUUCUAGCAGAUAAUAAUGUUCCUUUGUUUCGUGCCACAUGGUUUUUGAAGAUAACCAAUGCUGCACACCAAAAUAGCAUAUCCGAGAGCAAGACUAAGAAGAGACAAAACUUUGAUCCUUAUCCAGAGUGGACUCAAACUAUUAUUAAGUUUCUCAGAGAACAACUUACCAAGCUAUCAGAUUACUAUUCACAGCCAUAUACAAGCUUAAGUCAACGACCCCCAUUGGAAAUCGACACAGCUAACAAGCAAUGGUCUUAUGGAAUUUUACUUGCUGAAUGGAUGAUGAAGGAGGAACUGUUGGACAAGAAUGAAUUCUUUCAAUGGGCUAUUGAACUUAUGAACAACAAAAUAAAUCAAGACGAUACUUUGCUCAAACAUAUUUUACCUUUCAUUCUACGGCAUUUGGACACCAUUGUUCAAAGUCAAGUUUUAGCUCGCGUAUUGGCUAAUUAUGCAAUCAAGAAAUUAAAUUUAAUUAAUACUUCAGCAGAAAAUAUGCAAAGUUUGAGGGAAGUAGAUCAAGAAGGGAAGUUGAAUAUUCGAAGUUCCAGCCCUGUUUUACCAAUGUUGACAGAAUAUAAAGGCUGCCACCAACAUAGAUCAAUGGUAACCAUUUUAUGUGGAAUCAUACAAGCCAUUACGAUAAGGUGCCCUGCAGCAUUGAUUUGGAGCAUAGCAAAAGUAAAUAACACGGAUCCAUCAAAAUCACAUAUUUUGGGAUCACCUCUAGAUAAACUGCCAUGUCCUCCAAGUGAUUUGCUUAUCACUUCAGCUGAGGAUAAUGAGAAUGAAAGAACAGAGAAAGAACAGAUUCGAUCUGCACUAAGGGAACGGGAGAAUGAAAUCAGGAAUAGAAGUAUUGCAAUUGAAAGGCGAUGGAUAUCUCCGUCAAAUCAAGGCACCAAAACAGCUGAUGAAUACCUGUUCGUGUUGGACAUUCUUGAUCAGACAAAUUUUCAUGAAUCUAAAUCAACAGGAAUUGGUGAAACACUUCACGAAUCCAUAUUCAUGAACAAAAAUGCUACUGUAGAUUAUAAAGAGCAAUUUGAAAUUGACAAACCAAUUAUUUUGUUGCUUUGUGAAUGGGCCACCACUGUGAAGCGACAUGGGAAACAUAGAAGUCUUAUUGCUGCUACUAUUAUUCAAUUGCGGCAGAAUUACCUUUUGGACCAAAUCUUUAAGGAUAGUGGUGAGAGCGAAAACAACAUGAAACUUUCAUAUCCAUAUCAAGAUGUUUUAAUGGAAUUUCUAGAUACUUCAGCUCCAAAUCCAGGUUUUACUUCUGCGUACUUAGACACGUCUUUUAGACAGUUGGUUCUCCUAUUUUCGGAGUUGAUAUCUUAUGAUGUGUUCAGUCAUGAUAAAUACAUGUGCACCUUGGUUGCUCGGGGUGAUUUCUCACCUGAAAUUCUUAGAAAGAUUUCAUCAUGCCGUGGGUUGCUACAAAGUGAGAAGAAAACAACCACAAAUGAAAAAAUUAAAGUUCGUCAUCCAAGUUUAAAUGAUCAUGAUUACCAGGCGGGUGUGUCGAAGUUUGAGUUGGAUGCUUUUAUGGAUCCACACAGUGAUUUACAGAACAUAUUGAAUGGAACUCCCGUCUCAGAAGCAGCACCUCCUUUGUUUGGGAUGACUUCACCUGCUCAUACGCCACCUACAACACUAAUACUUGAAAAUCAAGAAGACAAAGAUGGAUCUAGAAAAGAAGCGCAUGCGUUAUUUGCUUUGCAUUUUCCCAUACCGCCUAACUCUGAAACGACCCAUGACAGUAACCAACGACUUGUGUUGUUGUAUGGAGUGGGUGCAAACCGUCAAGGACAAAUCAAGCAUGUCAGUGACAUGGAAAAGAAGUUAUCUAAGUUGUUUGAUUCUUCUCAAAAGGAAGAAAAACGUGCAAAAACAAAAGAGACAAAGAACCUAACUGAGAAAAAGACAGAAAUCUUAAAGAAUUUCCAACAACUGCCUAUUCAUGAUCAGUACAAUUUAUCAACAAAUUUUGCUGCUAAAUUACAAGACGUAAAACAACAAGACCUUGGCCAUUAUGGGGUGCUCGGUGGAGUUCCAUCUGCAUUUCAAUUAGCCUUGUUAUUUGAUUUAUUGGAAAUGUCUGGGAAUAUCCAAGGAUUGAUGCAAUUCAUUAGUUCUUUUAUAUCGCCUCGGGAACACGCAUUUAUCAAGGAUGACGAGAAUACUUACAUGUAUAGCGAUCAACCUUCGAAAUUGCACAUCGUUGUGUCCUACAUUCGCAAAUACUACUCUUGUUUCUUAAAUUUUUCAGAGGCUUGUGGAAACAUCUUCCGAGGCUUAUUGCAAACAGUAGAAAACAUAGCUGAUCCAGCAUAUUGUGGUUCAACUGAGCGUUGUGUUAUGGUACUGCUUCACGACAUGUAUGAAUCCUGUUUACAUUUGCAGCAUCGAUAUGCUGAUAUAUUCAGUACUGCAUCUAGUAAAAUAGCAGCUGCGAUUUGCUCACCAUUACAACCUUCCAAUACCAGCCUGCUAUGGGACACAGCUUUACUCUCUGAAUGUUUUAAAGACCCCAGGAAGAUGAAGUUGGAUGUGAUUUGGAAAGAAUUUCUAACUAACGAUCGACCUGCAAGACUGUACAGUUUUGUUUGUAAUGCAGUGCUGGCAGUAACAAAAUGUAAAAAUCAGAAAAGGCUGCAUGACAUCAGUAUGGUAUGUUGUGAGGCAACAUCCCACAUUGCUGGUCUACGUACAGAAUGGCUUGGCGUGAUUAAUGCUUGCUGUUGCCCAUCGAACCCUGGAUUAGGAUACGAGGAUCUUAUAACUUCUAUAAAUCUCGGCAACUCUGCAAUCCAGCAGUCGCUUGCAAUAUUUGUGUGUGUGUUGAUAGCUCGUCAUUGCUUUAACUUGAACGACUUUUUAUCAAAAGUGACACAUUCAGCGUUAAAAGACUGGUCCAGCAAAAGUCUGCAAUCAAGCAGUGGUAUUCAGCUAACCAUUCUUAUUCUGGAACACUUGCUUAAUGACAACAUGGAUCAUUAUUCACAAGUCAAUCAGAAUGAAUUUGCAGAAUCUCCUUACGAACAUUAUUUGCUGAUUGGUGAACUAAAUAACAUAAGUGUGGAGCACAUCCUUCUCGUGUUGAAAAGACUGGUUGUUAUUGGGGAGAAAGCUAUCAACAAUUUAACCGAAUCCUCGUCACGCGACGAAGUCUUUGACACUCUGUUUAGCAAUGAAACGUUAGGUUUACCGCAAAAUACAGAUUUGUUCGACGUGCCAUUUUCUCAAGCAAAAUCGUCUUCUUCACAAGAUAAAGCAGUCAAUACUGGCAGCUUAGCGAGGAAUUGUCUACUGCACAUAUGUGAUCAAAGUUGGGUUCAAAAUAAAAUCUUGCUCAAUGAAAACAAAAAUACUCUGUUAAAAGGGUUUAAUGAUGCAGAAUUAACAAUUAAUCAAGUUCAAAAUCUUAUGUCAAUGUUGAUAAGCAAAACCCCAUGUGCGUCUUCAACGCAGUAUAUUGAUUUUCAACUAUCCACAAAUCGCAUAUGCAAGAACUUGGAUAAAUGGUGUUUGCAUCAUUCAUCAAUUGAGUUGCAAUUUCUAAUGAAAAUAUGUAAUAAAGAGGACACAUCCAGACUGUUGUCAGCAAUUGGACGUGCUGUCAUGUCUACACUGACAGAAGAUGAGGAGCCACAGCAUAAAAAGAGUUCUCUUGUUGGUCCUUUGAUUAGUAAACUGCCCGUCAAUGUACAAGGAAGAAUUUUAAAGUCUGCAUCAGAAACUAUGGAGAAAGGAAAAUGGUGGAAUCCAUCUGGUAGUAACUCAAAGUUAACAGCUAACUCGCAGAAGACCUUGUUCACGCUCAUCUCAAGUUGUUUACGUAACCAAGAAGAAAACAAAUCCAUUUUUUUAAAUUCUUUACAGAAGCAACUUCAGUCGUUGGUAGUAGCUCCUGAAGAAGAAAAGCUUGAUUUGUCACCUGAAGCAACCAACGCCCUUCUGGAUGCGAUCCACUUGAGAUUAAACUUAAUUGGCAUGCUGUUCGAUACUAUUUUAAAAACUAACACGAUACUAUUCGAUUGGAUCGUGUCAUUGUUUUAUUUGUUGGCGUGUGGUAUUAUACCUCUGAAGGACUACGAUCAUAGCAGAAGUUCUAUGUGCACUGAUCUUACUGACAUGAUUGUUAUCCUUCUUCAAACGGUGCAACAGAAUGAAGCGGCCACACCCAGUCAACAACAAACGCUACCCAAUGAUACCCACAAGUUUUCUACUGUUGUUAAAAGAUUAAGGAAAGAAUUAUCUAAUCGUGCUAUAACAGCUACCACUUUACAUUGCGAAGAACUUCUUCCGUUGCACACACCCCUCUGUGAAAUUGUCACCACUGAGCCAAUCAGACCGAACGAUAUAACACAGACCAACAGUUCAACUCCUCUGAAUAAAAACAAAACGGAGGAGAGCACGCCUCAACCUGAAUAUGGUCUUAAACGUACUGGCAUUCAAAAGGUAAGUGCUUGGGAGUUGCUGGAGGACACAAAAAGUCCUAUUCCGCUUGCGCUGUCCAUGUUUGGUGCUGUUCGCAUAGAGAAACGCCCAUUGCGAUACGUAGAAGAAUCUAUGCGCCUGAUUAGUCAUACCCAUCAACAUAGGAAACCGAUGAGUUAUUUUUUAAACGCCAACCCUGAAGAAGAGGAGGACGAAAAAGAGGAAGCUGUUUUAAAAAGCCAACCCUCCACCCCGGUAGCGCUAGCAGGAUUUCCCUUAAAUUCGAAUCAACAAUUUUUGCCUUCGGUGAACGAGAACAGUGUUCUCACCAAUGACGAACAAAUGGACGAUGCUACCAAGCUUGCCAUGAUGAAAAAACAACAUCAAGAACUUCAACGUCAACGCUCAAACCAGUUAAAACGACAACUUUCCAGAACUAGUCCUCAACCGGAAAUGUUGGCGCCAGAUAACAAGCAAAAGAAAAUGGUACAGAUGCAGGGCCGAAGUGUGACUGCAGCAGGGUCUUCAUUCGCUCAACAGCAGCUUCUCGCGCAACAGCAGCAGCAACAAGCCCAACAGCUGCAGCAGCAACAAACGCUGUCACAGCAAGGGCAGCAACCACAGCAGCAACAACAGCAACAACAAACUCUAUCGCAGCAAGGACAACAGCCAAACCAACAACUUAAACCAGCUCAACAAUCACUGUUACAACAGCAGCAACAACUUCAACAAAAGCUACAGCUUCAACAACACUUACAACAACAACAGCAUCAGUUGCAGUCCCAACAGCAACAGCAGCUCCAAUCACUACAACAGCAACAACAGCAACAACAACAACAACAGCAACAGCAGCCGCAACAACAAACACAGACGCAACAACAAGCACAGACGCAACAGUCCCUACAACAGCAGCAACAGCAGCUGAAACAAGUGCAACAACAACAGCAACUUCAACUGCAAAAGAUGCAGCAAUCAAUGAUGUCAUCAGCCAACGCACCACCGAAUAGGAUAGCUCCAACUGCAACCAUGACAAGCAGUGCAACUAACGAUUCAGCGAAAACUGCUCUUCAAAAUAUGUUAAGACAGAAAACCCCCAACCUUCAGUCCAGUCCGUUAUUGCAACUGCAACAGUUUUCUAGACAACAAGCUCCACAGCAACAACAACAACAACAGCCAAAGCAGCAGCAGCAGCAGCAGCAACCGCAACAGGCUGAUCUGUUUAGUCAACAAAGAUUCGCAACGCAACAAGUAGCACCUAACGUCAACCUAACAGACGUGCAAGUACCUUCAAUGAAUAUGGGUAACCAACAACAAGUCUUAAUGAGCCAACAAAUGAAAAUGACAGGUCAACAAAUUCAACAACCCAACUUUUCACAAUCCCACCCAAUGAGGGCGACACAAUCCACCUUACGACAACUGUUACACAGUUCCGCCCAAAAUCAACAACGUAUCAUACCACCCGAACAGCAAUUGAUGAGAGGAAACUUAUUGCAGCAACAGCAACAACAACAUAUUCAGCAAUUGCAAAGACAACAACAACAAAAACAACAACAACAACAACAGCAACAAAGAAACCAAACCGCCUUGUAUCAACAACAAAUGAUGAUGAAAGGUAUGGGUAUGCAGGGCGGACUGGGCACCAUGCAACGUCAACUAUCUGUUCCUGAGAAUGACUUCCAACAACAACAACAACAAACACAACAACAACAGGCUAACAUCAACAUGUUUCAACGACAAUUAUCUGGACAAUCAAACGAAUUUCAACCACAGAUGCUCAUGCAGCAGUUUCAAGGACAAAUCCAGCAAGGACAGUUUCCUAACCAAGGACCUUUUUAGGACUUUAGUUCCAAGUCUACAAAUUUAGUUUCCCAAUUUUUUUCUUCUUUUUUUUCUUUCAAUUUUUUUUGGCAAGCAAGUUUCGUCUUUUUGUUGUAAUAAAAACAAUAGAUCGACCUGAAUUAAUUUUUUCGCGGAAAGAAAUUUUUGCGCCAUUUUGUAAUUUUUUUGAACGGAUUCUCACAGAACUUCCUGUAUAAUACACAAAACUAGUCUUGUUUUCACCAAAGUUCAGAAAUUACAACCACUUUAUCAUCAGUGUAUAUUUUUGUCAACUCUUGUCUCUUCAACCACAAUCAUGGAUAAAAUAUGUUUAAAGAAGACAGCUAUCUUUAAAGUUCACCACCACAAGUAAUUACAUAGGCUAUUUCAACUUGUCAUUGUUUAGAAAGGACUUAUUUGAAGGACAAUUUUUAACCAAAUAACUUAUGAUAAGUUAUUUGGUUAAAAAUUGUUAAAUCGGCUAAUUGUUUCAGACGCCAGCAUGACUAUUUUCUCAAAAAAUUUUAACCUUUAUGGAUCUCGACUUACAUUAUUUCGUUGCACGUGUGUGCAAAAGUAGCGAUUUUGAGCUAGCUGGUUGCAGAGCAUUGACGAUUAGACCUUUUGGCCAUAUUUAAAAAAUGACAAAAAAGUUGUUUUAAUAAUUUUGUUCACGGUUGCAGAUGCAUAUAGUAUGCUAGCCUCUUUGUAAUAUUGAAUUUUAAAGUUAAUAUUUUUUGUACAAUAUUAAAAAUAAAACAAACUUAUUUAAUAUAA